AUGGCUGACGGUCUUUACGGCGUGAAGUCGGCCUCCAAGACCAAGGCCAAAGAAAUCUCGUCCUCUACGUCCCUCGCGUUCUCCACGAAUCUCGCGUCACUAAUCUCCAGCUCUUCCUCUGCGAAAGCCAAGGCCACCGCCGGAAGACCUCGGUCCUCAAAGGACAAAUCUGAUAUCUUUACUGCCCACAAUAAAAAUGUCAAGAAACGAUCUGCUGCAGACCUCGAAGAUGGCCAACAGCGUCACAAGACGAAGGACGACAUCGGCUCCAUUGAGGCAGCAGAACUGCACAGGUCCAAGAGGAAGAUGGAAGAUAAGGUCCGGCUAUACAACGCGAUGAAGCGUGGCGAGUACAUCGGUCAAGAGGGCUAUGACGACCGCGCGCUGGUGGAUUUCGAUCGGAAGUGGGCUGAAACCCAAGUACAAGGACGGGACGAAUAUGACCAUGGCGACGGGUCCGACUCGGAGGAAGCUGGCACAGACGAGGACGAACUUGUCGAGUAUUUCGACGAGUUUGGUCGACUACGAAAAGGCACGAAAGCGCAGGCUGCCCAAGAAGAAAGGCUCAAACGCAUUCGAACCAACCUUGUCGAAGAAGAGGAACGCCUGUCCGCAAGACCCUCCGUGCCUACCAACGUCAUUCAUGGCGACACUAUCCAGUACGCGGCUUUCAAUCCAGACCAAGUCAUCGCUGAUCGCAUGGCCGAUCUCGCGAAGAAGAGAGACAAAUCCGCCACUCCUCCUCCAGAGACGCACUUCGAUGCCAAUGCUGAAGUUAGAACCAGAGGCACCGGAUUCUACGCAUUCAGCCAGGAUGCCGAAGAAAGGAAGAAAGAAAUGGACGCUUUAGAGAGGGAAAGGCAAGAGACUGAGAGAAUCCGUAAGGAGAGGGAAGAGAAAAAGGAGCAAAGGAGGAAAGAGAUAGAGGAGCGACGGAAGCUGAUCGCCGAGCAGAGGGCCAAAGCGCAAGCAGACAAGUUCCUGGACUCACUCGAUAUCGAGGGUGCGUGA